AUGGCAGGAUUCACCCCCAAACGCGGCUGCUUGGUUGUCUUCGAAGGCAUUGACAGAUCGGGGAAAUCCACGCAAGCCCGACUCGCCUACGAGCGCCUCCUCAAGGAGGGACAACCCACAGAACUCAUCCGGUUCCCAGAUCGCACGACCUCGAUAGGCCAAGUCCUCGACAAGUUCCUGGCGAGCGCGACGUGGAGCAACGAGGGGCCGUGUCAGAUCCCGCCGCCGCAGUUGACGCACCUCCUCUUUGCGGCGAAUCGCUGGGAGGCGCAAGCUCGCAUUCUGCGCGCCCUCGGGGAAGGAAAGACAGUCUUGGUCGACCGCUACUCGUUCUCAGGUAUUGCGUACACGGUCGGAGCGGCGCCAGUGCUCGCGGAGACUGAAGCGAAGAGUCUGCAGGCGGAUGCGAACGCAUCCGGAGACCCUGCGAAGGCUGCAUGGUCGUGGGCAGCGUCAACAGCGGCGACAGGUGCGUCAGUCGAUCCAGCGUUUUGCAGAGAAACUGAGCGCGGUUUGCUGGCGCCCGACGCCGUGUUCUUCCUCGACAUCUCGCCGCGUGAGACGCAGAGCCGCGGCGGCUACGGUGAGGAAGUGUACGAGAAGCUGGCGACACAGGAGCGCGUCUACCAGGUGUACAGGCAGUUCGAGAGUCUGCCGUACUGGCGUCGCAUUCCCGCGGCGUCCGUGAGUCCUAACGAGCUCCACGAAACCGUCAUCGAAAAUCUGAAGGCUGUGAUCCAAGCGGCACAACCCGAGCAACCUCUGAGCCCGCGCGAGGGAGGAACUGACGGACGGAGACGACUUUGGGACGAGUAG